CGAACGGCAAGUGCAUCGGAUCGAUGCGAAAAGCGCGUUGUGCUGACUCCUUAAUUCGAUUUGAAUAAUUUCGGCCUAUGGAGCUUCGCGUGUUUGGUGCACUGACAUUGCAUUGCCCAUUGCCAUAGAAGGUCUUACUGACAGUCGUCUAUGGCCAUAAAAUUGGAUACGUACAGAAAUAAAGAACUAUGGCACAUCUUCCAGGCUAGAACAACUGCAGCUCACAUUGAAAUAUACGGCGUGCUUCCUGUGCCACCUUAGCGUUUACCCUCAAGGAGUUCUUGGAGAGAGAACAGCACAAAUGAUUAAUCAUGCAGCAAACAUUAUCAUAUUCAUCAUCACCUUCACCAACACUCAUCUCGACAAUAGCUCAGCCAAUCAUCAGAUCGCCCACGGACACAGACACAGCCACAGCCGCAGGCACAGCCACGACAACGGCUGCGCCUGCUAUAAUAUCUGUCGACUAUAGCUACGAUCCGAAUCGCAUAAUGUCGCCAUCGGCUCGCAGCAAUGUCAGCUAUACGGCUAAGCGGGAUCAGCGCGGGUCAGAGAUCGCCUCGGAGACGCUGUAUAUGGAAAAGAGCUCAGCGAAUAUUCAGCCGUAUAGCAGUCUGUUUGGUGAUCCUGUGCCUCCACCGCAGCCGGAAGAUUACUUUGGCACUGCAGCCUUUGAGACGAUACGUGCAGGGUCUAUCGAAAUACCCAGUUCCGAGGAGGAUACCCUUGUGGCUGCCGUUGCCCUUAACACGCUGAUGGGGCAGGAUAAUCGCCGCAGGCUCUUCUCCAAUGUGCCCUACAGCACUCUAAGAGCUCAGUCUCAAUCCAUACCGCGGCUGCAGCCACCUGAUAUACAAAUACUGCCCAAUUCGAGUGGGGGCUCCAGCUCAGAGCAGCUCGAUUCACCGAAUUUUCUGCUUCUUACACCGCAGGACAUAGUCAAUAAGCCAGAUGUAUACGAAUGUGAGUACGAACAGGCCACUCAGGCUACGGAACGUACGUUUGAGGAGCAGGAAGCAGCACAGACUGGAAAUAGGACUAUAUCGGACUUAGAUUGGUAUCGCCCGACGGCGCAACAUUUCGCAGAAUUUAGCCGCAUACCCAAGCUGCGACCCAGUUCCAAGAUGGUGAUGUCCAUGAAGCACGAGGAUAUGCCGCUAUCUCCGCUUGCCACUAUGCUACAAGAUUCAAACGGUUCGACCAGCAGUGGCGAAGAUCAUUUGCUGAACAAUGAAUUGCAGCAGUUACCAGCCCGAAGCACGACACCCACGAUGGACAGAAAUCUCAUACUCUCGCCAAAGCAGUUUCUGCAGCAACAGCAACGGGAGCUACUGCUCAAUGAGCGGCAGCUGCUUGAGAGCAUGCGGGCUUAUGGCUUGGAGAAACCCCAAACAGCCAGUCUGCAGCAAAGUCAGUUACCAGAGUCGAGCACUGAUAUGGAGGAGCAGACGCAAUCACAGAUUUUGUCGCCCGUCGUCAUGAAGGAGUCGAUCGCAACGGGCGGUGAAUAUCGUGUUGGAGACACACGGCUGCACAAGAAGUCUGCCUUCACCAUACUCUCGGUGCGUUCACCCAAAUCCUCGUUGGGUCACAGUCCAAGUGCCACGCCUGUGACUCAGCGGCAGCCCGCAAUCAACAGACAUCCCUCGUUACAGUCAACCACUACCUCGUCGAAUGCAGCUCAGCCACAGCAACAGUUGAGGCCGCGUCGCAAGUCGCUGACUGCAUCACGCUUACCGCAAUUGCCGCCCAGCAGCCAGCCAGUUAAUGAUGAUUCGCCACGGCCCUCAGUCCAGUUCAAUAUGACCGGACGCUACAGUCCAAGCAAACUGGCCAUGCCCACAAAGGGUAUACUACAGCAGAGAGAUUCGCUGACUUCAUCGGUGGAUACAUAUACGCCGCGCUUUCAGCGACGUGAUUCCAUGGGUAUGGCCUCAUCUCCAUUUGGUCAGCGCAUCAAAAGUCUAGAAUCGCUGCCUCUCAUCACGCAACCCUAUCGCAGCGCCAUACCUCGUUUGCAUAGCUCCUCCAUGGAACUGGAUAAGGAGGCAAACCGUUUCCGUAGAUCCUCGAUGGAACUGGAUAAGGAGACAACAAUAAUACCACCGGGCACAUUGCCGCGUCCUUUAAAGCCAAACCCGAAUCCUACACGUAAGCAGCGUGGAUUGCUUGGAGUUAUCAACAAACAGGCUGAUGACGACUCCCCCAGCCAGCCAAGCCGUUCGAAUUGGCUGAGUCUGGAUGAUCUAACAAUGGGUGCACAAUUGGCCAAGUCCACGUUUGAACCAAUGCGCAUCCAGGCCAGGCGACGCUCUAGCUCUACUUCACCGGAGCGUCGCAGCUCCACGCAAACAGCUUCGGAUCGCCGCAGCUCGAAUCUGAGCAGCAUCACAACCUCCGAUUUUAGUUUCCGCCGACCCUCGACACUCGCAACACUGCCAGCAACAACGAAAACAGGAAUGCAACGUCGCAAAUCCAUUUAUCAUCCGGCAAGCAAGCUGAAGAGUCCCCGACGCCAUCCACUGCCCGGCAAGGAUUCGAAGCGCGCCAAGAUAGUUAAGCCAAGCACUCUGUCACCUAUAAUUGGUACACCAAACAAGGAUAGCGGCAAGGAGAGUCCACUGCAUGGCGAUGCCUAUGAAGCCGCUCACAGAGAUACACCUUCCGACUUGUCGAUGCGUCGGGACUCUAUGUCCCGCAUACCUGUACGCAGUCGGCAGGAUUCCUAUCCAAAUAGUCGCUCCAAUUCGCCACUUAAGGACUUUGCCAAUUUGUCCAGCUUGUCCGGUAGGAAUUCACGGGCCAGCAAUAGCCGUUCCCCAUCGCUGACCACGAUACGCAGUAGCUUUGACAACCAGGCUCUGCUCGAAGGCAGACUGACGCCCACACGCUUUAAUAGCAGUCGCCCCGUCUCUAGAGGCCCGCCCUCUAGACCUAGCUCACGCUUAGCUCAAGCGAAGGAUAACUCACAAGCCAACUCCAGGGCUAACUCGAGAGCCGAGUCCCGGGCAAACUCUCGAGCAGAGUCACGAGCCAAUUCACGGGCAGAUUCACGGGCGAAUUCUCGAGCAGAUUCACGAGCCAACUCGCGGGCAGAUUCGGUGGCUAACUCUCGAGCUAACUCUCGUUUGAGCGUGCGUUCAUCAAUACGUUCCUCGAGCAUUUCACCCUCAACAGCAUCGCGUAAUGGCCGUCAAACUAAAACUACGCCCAAUCGCAGAAAAACUGUUUCCACAAGUCCUAAAGGUCUGCCGCCUAAAGGCAUGUUUGGACGCAGAAUGUCACUGAGUCCUGCGGUCAAGCAGGGUAAGCCGACGCCAAGACACGAGCGCAACGAAGCUCCUCUCAGUAGUCAACGUAGAAGUUCUCGUUCCCUUAUACCAACAAGUACAAGUGUGCGCAGAGCUGCCUCCAAGUCCAGUUCUCCGGCCAAGAAAAAGCCGGAAAAGCCCUCUGAGAAAACUGCAACGCCCAAGAGCAAAAGGCCUACACAAAUACUGUUUAAAGCCAGCCCCAAGGAGAAAUCCAGUAAAGCAGAAAGUGCCAAAAAGAAGAACACAGCAAUAACCAAACCCGAACUGAAUCUGAAGCGAAACGGAAGUAAGAUCUUAGCGAAAACUAUUUCUAAAAGCAACCAAGCAUACAAGCCAAAUAAAACUCCAGCAAAGCAACAAAAGCCGGAAGCUGUGCAAAAGAAUUCUAAAACAGAUAAGACAGCAAGCAAAACUAAUGGAGCUAGUGGUUUACUCAAGCCUCAGGUGCGCGCUGCAACCCAGCAGAACAACAAUAAGAAACCAAACGAAAGUCCAGCCACAAAAAGCAUGCAAAGGGAAUCCCCGGAGAAGUCGGACACGACUGCUGCUGCUGCUGCUGCCGCUGCUGCUGCUGCUACUGAAACUACGGCGGACAGCAUAAAACCCUUGGCCAUGCAUGUGGGCAAUGCGGUGAAUGCAGCUGCAGAAGCUUUGCCCGCAGUUCGUAACGAGGUGAAUGCAACUCCAGCCAAGCCGGGAGCUGUUAAGCGACAACCUUCCAAUAUGUCCAAUUUGGUACGCAUGAGCUCGCGUCUCAGCUUGUUAAGCAACAAGAAGCGAGUCGAUUCCGCACAGAAUAGCAAAGUGGCCACGGUCCCAGAACUCGCUCUAGAAGCUGAAGUAGCCAAUGGGCAGUCUACACCACAGUCGGGCGACAGCUUAGACCCCACUGCAACAAGUGCUGAUGCUAUGGACGGCACCACCGAGGCACAGAAAACGGUUAAUGAACAUUUAAUUGACCAGAAAAGCCAUGAAAGUGAAUCAGGGCUUGCCCCACUUACUGCUGCCUCUCCCACACCCAGUGGAGUCACAAUGCUGGCCAAGACCCAUGAUGUCGCCCCCCGUCUGGACACAGCCGAUGGAAGCAAUGCGCAGCGCAGCUCCCCCGCCGAGUUACAAAAGUCCCCCCUGCCACCCACACAGCCCAUUGAGGCGUCGAUAUCUGUGCUGAAUGCGAUCGAGGCAGAUGCAGCCAGCGCUCAGCUUAGCGCUGUGCCAGAGGCUGACAGCGAACGGGCCAAUUUACAAGAGGAUCAUGCUACGAACUUAGAGCAUCCAAUAACGACAGCUGGACUCGGUGAUGAUUUUCCAGUAGACGACAAACGACUCUCACCCGAUGGUCAGGGCUCGACUGUCGGCAGCGGAGGAAUUGCCAAGUAA